CAAACGGUAACAAAAAUGAACAAAUUUGUUACGAAUAGUUUUCAACUUUUACUGACACAUGCUUCUAAAAAAAGUCACUUUUUCUGAGUAUAAGCCUUGAAAAUUUAAAUCAAUACAUGUAAAACAGUUAUUCAUACUGUAGGGUAUUCAGCACAUAAUUAAAUGCUCCAAAAUAUUGUUUAAUAUUCUGUUUUGUUUCUUUCGUUUUCAGUAGAUAUGCCUGAAGAAAAACACAACUGAUUAAGUUUGCCAUCUCUAGGGACGAGAAUCUUUGCAAAGAGCUUCUCUCCUCCAUCAGUGUGAUUAGUCCCGCAGGAGUGUGUGUGGCCUGAGGUAGAGCUGGCAGCAGAGCGAGAGUCCUGGUUUUUGCAGUUGUAGAAUCAUGGAGAGAAAUGUAUCUUCACCACUCAUCUUGACCUUUUUCUCGACUCAACUCCCUCUCAAUACCACCGCUGACAUCAAUGCCACAGUAAAACCCUUCAGUGUGUUUGAUGGGUGCGAUCAUCAGGUAGAAGGCAUUUACUUUGACCUAACCCUGCAGUGCAUCAACAUAGUUGUGGGAAUCCCUGCCAACUUACUUGUCAUUGCAAUCCUCAUCCACAAUCGAAAAGAGCCCACCACUUCCGACAUAUUCUUGGGCUGCCUAGCCUUCAUGGAUGCCUACUUUAGUGCCAUGACCCCCGUCAGCUUCCUUAACCUUCACCAUUGGCAGAGCAAGGCGGUGUGGUCCGCCAUUAAAUUCUCCUACGGUGUGAAAGACACCAGCGGACCAUUGUUUCUCUCCUGUAUCUGCCUAGAUCGCUUUGUGGCUGUGCUCUUUCCAAUUAUGUUUGGGCAGCUUAAACACAUCAAGUACAGGUUGAACCUCUCAAUGCUGGUAUUCUGCCUCACCUUUGCCUACUCAGGAGCCAAGGUUGUGGGAGGCCUCCCCAACUUCGAGAAGGUGUUCACUGGUGAGAUCCUGGCAGCAUUUACUUGGAUGGCUGUGUGUAAUGUAUGUAUCCUGCGGGCCCUGAAGAAGUCCCGUGGUGCAGGGAAAAAUGAGAUGCACCCUAUGAAGCAGAAGGCCUUCAAGAUGGUGCUCUCUAUCCUUUAUAUCAUUGUGUUUAACUACCUGCCACCUGUAGUACUGUUUCCUUUUGAAGACUACUACUCCCCUGAUGUGUUUCGCUGCUACGUGCAGCCUGUGGGCUUCGCUUUCCUCAACAUCAGCAGCACCAUCCAGCCACUUGUCUAUCUGUCUCGUCUGGAGAAGGUGCCUUUCCUCUCAGACACCUGCGUUAAGAAGUGUUGCACCUGUGUCUCUGCAGAGAACAACAAAACCCCACCUAUUCAUGACCCACCUGCUUAGCUUUAAGAAGAUCUAAUACACAUAUUGUACCUCAUGGAUGCUCAGUUUAACCUUUGUCUCUAAAGAAGAGCCGUGAGAGAAGGAACUGAAUGCUGUGAAUACAAUACAACUGUGAUUUCAUGUUUGUUUGUUAUUUGUGACUGAUUUAAUUUCUCUUUAAUUCUAUUAUUUUCCAAAUAAUAGAUUAAAUAGAUUUUUAUGUAGAGGGACAGCAAUCCUGAAAGAUAAAAAUCUAUCUUGAAAAAAUAUGCAUCAAUAAUGAGUCAACAAGUGGAAAAUCAACAUUUUAAUUUCAUGUUUUCAUAUACUGAUCAUGUUCUGGAAGAUUAAUUUCUACAAACACCAUAAGGUUUAUGUGUUCAAAGUAAUCUCUAUUGUAAUGUAUUGUUCUAAACUGAAAUCCUUCGAAAUAUUUGUUUGACUUUGGCGCCAUCAUGUGUACAAAAGAGACCAAUAAACUGCACCAUACAGUCUAAUCCUUUUGCUGCAGAGUACUUGUUACUUCUCUUUAACUACUCAAAUUCACACACUGAUGAAUGUGUGUGUGUGUGUGUGUGUGUGUGUGUGUGUGUGUGUGUGUGUGUGUGUGUGUGUGUGUGUGUGGUAUGUGUGAUGUGUAUUU